CCUCCUCUUCCUCUCCGCAGAGCCGCUGAUCCAGUUCGCACCUGCGGCCUGAGUCUACCUGUGGAUCCGGCAGCAGCGGCAGCGGCAGCAUGGGGGUCUCCGCGUCCAGCCUGCUGGAUGAAGCCAAGUCCGACUACAUCAGAGGCCAGGCGCAGGCCGAGCUGAACGACUUCGGUCCGUACUACAGGAAGCAGUUCUCGGUGGCCCGGUUCGCCCAGGUGGAGGACGAACUGGAACAGAACCAACAGCAGAUCACUCAGCUGCUCAAGCAGAAGGAGGCGCCAGAGGAAGCCAUCGUCCUCUACGAAGACGCCGUGUGGUACUUUGAUGAAAACAGGAAGUGGAGGGAGCGGUACGUUGUGGUGAGAGCGAACUACUGCCUGGAGUGUCAUGAAAGCCUGCAGUCUUAUGUUAAAGGAGUCAACGCAUUUUACAAGCUGCUGCCUACAGGGGGCACUGUUCUGACCACAGAGGAGACGUACAUGGAGAUGGUGGACAAAUGCUACCCUGAUGACAGCAACCCUGUGAAAUCUAUCCCGGCUCUAAUUGACUGUGUCAACAAAUUUGACGUGAAGGAGGAAUUCGCUCCUCCUCUGUCGGGGAUGCCGGGGCAGUUCCCGGUCUACCUGCGCCUGCCCUACAGGAGGGAUUCCUACUUCUGCUUCAAGCAGGAGGCCAAGCAGGCCGCCUUCAUCUCCUUCCUGUCGGACUGCAUCAAGCACCAGAACCAAGACUUCCAGAAGAAGAAGACGUGUGAAGUCCAGGCGUUCCUGAAGGCCAUCCAGCUGCUCCGCCAGGACCGGGGCCAGUACGAGGCCUGGGGCAUGCUGAUCGGCAGCGACGUGCGGGUGAUGGCCAACCUGGUGAUGGAGAAGCUGCUGCCGUCGCUGGGGAAGGACCUGCUGCCUCGCCUCAAAGCCAGGAAGACUGACAGGAAGAAGGCUUGGUUCAUCACGAUGGAGGCGGCCUACAUCCUGGUCCAGGAGCAUCUGCUGGAGGGCCUGACGGCUCUGAAGGAGGAGUGCAAGGUGUCCGUCCGGCAGCAGGAGGUUCUGAUGGACAUGGACCAGAUCCUCAACGCCAGGCGGCAGCUGGAGGAGAAGAUCCGAGCCAAGGUCUCUGCGCCGGCGGAGCAGCUGUGCUCCGAGUCCGUCCAGCCCUACCUGGGCUCGGUUCUGGAGGAGCUGAUGGAGCCGAUCAGCUCCGGCUUCAUGGACGGCCGGCAGCUGAUGGAGACCAAGAUGGACGAGGUGUGCCAGGCCGUCCUGCAGGGAGCAGACAACGACAACCUGAAACAGGCUUUGGGUGAGAUGGCGAGACCGAACCUGCUGGACUGCUGCCUGAAGAUCAGCUCCCUGCAGGACAAACUGAAGCACCUGCAGGAGCGCUUUGGGUUCAGCACCAUGACGGCGGUGACCCACGGCGCUCAGAUCGACCUGCAGCAGCUGAUGGAGAACGCGGCGUACACCCUGGAGCUGAUGCUGCAGAAAGCCAUGGAGGACAACCCGGAGACGGCCGGCGCCGUCAUGGACAAGGCCAAGCACAGGAUCCUGAAGCAAUUCGACUACGACAGCAGCACAGUGAGGAAGAGGAUCUUCCAGGAAGCCCUGGUCUCCAUCAUGCUGCCCUUCAUCAAGAAGAACCUGGUCGACUCCUGCAAACCUGAGCUCCAGGGUCUGGAACAGACCAUCUACACUGACUACGCCAACUUCAUCCACGUGGAGAACGUCUAUGAGAACAUCCUCCUGCAAAUCCUGGACAAGGAGGUCUCUAAGGUGGUGAAGGAAGCCGCCAGCCUGCAUAAACACAACCUGUUCCAAGAGAGCAGCCGCGCCAGCCUGUCCUCCGUCUCCACGCCCAGCAGCCCUGCCCCGGCUUUGGCCUCCUCCGUCAGAUUCCCGUCCCAGACUCCUCCGUCUCCCCUGGCCACCAACGGGCUGCCCCCCAGUCCCACAAAGGGGGCGGAGCCAAAGAGGGAGAAAGUAGGAGAAGAAGUCCUGCAGGCAGCAGAUUGGCCGGACGCAAAGCUGCCAGCAGGCGAAGGAACCCAAAACAACCGAACGUUGAAGAUAGAAGGGAUCAGCUCAGCAGACCCAAAACCUCCGUCAGCCGAGACUCUGGACCCAUCAGAACCACAGAUCCAGGAAAAUCUCUCCGUCCAAGCAGAAGAACCCAGAACCCAGAGAACAGACCAACAAGAGGCAGAAACCACUUCAUCAGAACCUCCAGCUGUUUCUCCAGAACCUCCUGCUGACCCUCCAGAAGUUCCAACUGCUGCAGAACCUCCAGCUCCAGAACCUUCUUCUCCAGAACCUCUGGCAACUGUAGAGCCUCCAGCUCCAGAACCUUCUUCUCCAGAACCUCUGGCAACUGUAGAGCCUCCAGCUCCAGAACCUUCUUCUCCAGAACCUCUGGCAACUGUAGAGCCUCCAGCUCCAGAACCUUCUUCUCCAGAACCUCUGGCAACUGUAGAGCCUCCAGCUCCAGAACCUUCCGUUGUUUCAGAAGCUCCAACUCUGGACCAAACCGAUGAACCCGUGAAUCUUCCAGCAGAAGAACCCGGAUCCCAGGCUGCAGCCGCCAGCCAGCAGCCAUCAGCCAUGCUAGCGGCUCCCCCUGGUGGUGAAGAAGCAGAAGACGUCGGCCUGAAGCUGCAGCUGAAGACGGAGGACGCAGAAGGAGGAACCGCCUCGGAUCCCAACUCCCUGGCUGUCUCAGUGGGAAGUGACUCUCCACGGUCCGACCCGGAGUCCACAGGAGGAAUCUCAGGAACCUCGGAGCUCCUGGAGGUCCAGUCAGCGCUGAGCCCAGAGGAGACAUCCGAGGACCAAACCUCAGCGGGAGAACCGUCCAUCGAGGCUCAGACCGGAGAAGUGGAGGCCGGAGCCGGAGCCACGGCGGAGAGUCCAGCAGAACCGGACGGUGCUGCGUUCUCCCCGCCGGCCGGGAACGGUCCCGGCGAGCCCGACGUCCAGCCGCCGGACUGCGUGAAGGAGAUCCGCAACCUGGUGGUGGAGGUGAUCGAGGUGGAGGAGCCGAUGGAUCGCUUUCCCAAAGAGGACUGAACUGAUGGUGGGGGGAUCCAGAACCAGAACCAGAACCGUCUUAAACUCCUGCAUGAAGAUAUAAUAACUUAUUUGAACAAAUCAUUUAUCAGGUUUUAGCUGGAAGCUACUUUAGGAACUUUUGGAUUUUUUAUGCUGGAAGCUUUUCCAAACUGUUUGGCUUCAUCAAACAGAAUUCUGCAGAACUUCACCGGGUUCCUGCCGGUGAAGUUCUGCAGGAACCCGGUGAUUCUUUUCUAUCCGACCGGGUCCGGAACUCCAGGAUACGACGGCAUUGAUAGAAAAAAAGAAGAAGGGAAAAAAAGCUAAUUUCCAUGAAAAAAAUCUCAGAAACGUUCAA